AUGUCCUGCUACGACCUGUGUUCUCCCACCUCCUGUGGCCCAACCCCUCUGGCCAACAGCUGCAAUGAGCCCUGUGUCAGGCAGUGCCAGGACUCCACUGUCUACAUCCAGCCCUCCCCAGUGGUGGUGACCCUGCCCGGCCCCAUCCUCAGCUCCUUCCCACAGAACACCGUGGUGGGCUCCUCCACCUCCGCUGCUGUUGGCAGCAUCCUCAGCUCUGAGGGAGUGCCCAUCAACUCCGGGGGCUUUGGCCUCUCUGGCUUGGGCUUGGGCAGUGGCUACUGUGGCAGGAGUUGUCUCCCCUGCUAA